GACCUGGGGCACUUGAUACCCACUAAGGCCUGGUACCUGUGGUGGCGUGUGUCUUAGGAAAGAGGUGAUGAACAUAUGUGGUCAUCACUUUAAAUUUCAGAAGAAAAAAGACUGGAGGCCCCGCCCACCCUGCCCACCCCCCAUCCCGGAGCUAUCAUGUGGCCCCUAGUGGCUACCAUCGCUUGCCUGACCUUGGCCUUGUCCGGAGGAAUUUCCCGGGACUACCCCAAGAUUCUCAAUGGUACCAAUGGGACCAGUGGUUUUCUCCCAGGUGGCUACACCUGCCUUCCCCACUCUCAGCCUUGGCAGGCAGCUCUACUGGUCCGUGGACGACUUCUCUGUGGAGCAGUUCUGGUUCACCCCAAAUGGGUACUCACAGCGGCUCACUGUAGGAAAGAUGGGUACACAGUUCAUCUGGGCAAGCAUGCCCUGGGACGUGUGGAGAAGGGCGAGCAGGCAAUGGAGGUGGUCCGCUCUAUCCCCCAUCCUGAAUACCAGGUCAGCCCCACCCACCUGAAUCAUGACCAUGACAUCAUGCUUUUGGAGCUGAAGUCUCCAGUCCAGCUCAACAGCCACGUCCAUACUCUGCAACUCUCUGCCGAUGACUGCCUGCCCACUGGCACCUGCUGUCGUGUUUCUGGCUGGGGCACCACCACCAGCCCCCAAGUGAAUUACCCCAAAACCCUGCAGUGCGCCAACAUUGAACUGCGUUCAGAUGAAGAGUGUCGGCAGGUGUACCCUGGGAAGAUCACUGCUAACAUGCUAUGUGCUGGAACCAAAGAAGGGGGAAAGGACUCCUGUGAGGGUGACUCCGGGGGCCCACUGAUUUGCAAUGGUAAACUCUACGGCAUCAUCUCAUGGGGGGAUUUUCCAUGUGGACAGCCCAAUCGACCUGGUGUCUACACACGAGUUUCAAAAUACCUGCGCUGGAUCUGGGAGACCAUCAGAAACACUCCGGAGCAGAGAAGGACAAAGGGCACACAAUAAAACUGUGUUCAUUUGCCUGCCUCCC